AUUCCGAUCUGAAAACUAUUCGACGUCAAAUUUCAAAAAAAAUUGUAAACAUUUUCCACAUAAUUUUUAUUUCAAAUCGAAAAAUCAAGUAGAAUAAUCAUUAAAACCAAAAUAAAUUUUCAAUAAAAAUAACAAAAAAAUCAAUGUUUCCAUUUUUCCCGUCAUUGCGUCCACCAAUUGCAAAUCAUAUUUGGUUUGAAUUGGAUGCCCCCGUAAACGAAGAAGCAGAAAUUUUACAAUACGAACGAGAUCAACAUAAAUGGAUAAAUUCCAUUUCAAAUGCUGCUGCUGAUAUUCACCCUUUGGGUAAGGUACAAUCUCUGCCUGGACCAGAGACAGACGAUGAGGACGCAAAUGAUGAAAGUGAUGACUCCGAUAGUCAUGAUGAUGAUGAUGACGAUACCAAUGAUAGAGUUAUACCAGCUCAGCCUGAAAGGUCGGCGCUUGGGCUAUAUUCCCCUGGCGAUGAUGUUCCCAUGAACGAAGAAGGACCAUCCGCACAAAAUACUUAAAUUAUUUUAUUUUUUUAAACUUAUCGUAUUAUUCUUUUUAAACAUUUUGAUUUAAAUUAUGUAGUAAGUUAAUUUUAAAACUGAACUAGUUUCAAGGAAUUAAGAAAGAUUAAAAAAAACAUGCUAGAUCUUUUUAUAUACUCGUAUGUAUCCAAGAAUUCCCAAUUCGGAAUGAAAACUCUCAGAGAAAUGCUUUGAAG